GAGUAAUUGCUUGUCUAUUAGCUAGGUUUUUACAUUUUUUUGUCUAAAAUAAGAAAACUAUUUUUAAAAAAACUUCAAAUAGUUUAAUAUAUAGAAAGUCAAAACAAGAAAUAGACUGGAUUUAUAAAGAAUUAAACAAGAAAAUCAGAAACGGUAGCAAACACCACCAACUCAUUAGGAAAAAGAAAAGAAGAAAAAGGUCUUCAUUUCAACCAUGACGCCACCACCACCACCGCGCCACCUCCUCUUCACGGCGUUGCUACUCCUAACAUUCACAACCAUCACCACCUUCUCCGCCAAGCCCUGCCCAAACUGCGGCACAACUCCAGUCCCAUACCCGUUCAGCACAUCUCCGACCUGCGGAGACCAGUCGUAUAAAAUCACAUGCAACGCAAGUACUAACGAACUCAUGUUUGACACACUCAAUAAUUCAUAUCCAAUUAUUUCCAUAAACACAACAAUCCAGCGUCUGACGAUCCAGCCAGCAACUCUCUUGCAAAACACAUGCGUAACAUCAGAUUUUUUACACCAAGGCAUCCAAAUGAACAGCUCUCUCCCUUUUAACAUCACAGGAGACAACACCGUCAUGUUCUUGAACUGCUCUGAAUCAUUACUUCGGUCACCUUUGAACUGUUCUUUUACUAGCUUGUGUCACUCGUACGUCAAUAAUACAAAAUCAGACGCUUCAUGUAAGGGUGCUUCCAUUUGUUGUACGUUUAAAGCUGGUGGCGGUACAACGGCGUAUAUGAUAAGAGUUAGAGAUACUGGGUGUAAAGCAUACACUAGUUUUGUUAAUUUGGAUCCGGGUUUGCCCGUGGAUAAGUGGCCAAACCCGGGUGUCUCUAUCCAGUGGAGGUUACCUCAAGAACCGGUUUGUGGGUCGAAAGCUGAUUGUGACGAUGGGAACUCUAAUUGUAAACCUGAUCCGAUUUUGAGUGGGACCAGAAGGUGUUUCUGUAAUAGUGGGUUUGUGUGGGACCCGGUCGAAGGGAUCUGUAAUAAACCUGUUACUUGUGAAGGUUCUGGAGGGUGUGAUGGUUCUGGACAGACAGGACUCAUAGCUGGUUUAACUUCGGGUUUAGGCGCAUCAUUCUUGGCAAUCGCCACCGCAAUCCUCCUCUACAAACGCCAAAAACGCAUAAAAGAAGCUCAAGAACGCCUAGCUAGAGAGCGCGAAGAAAUCCUAAAUGCCGGUGGUAGCAGAGCAGCAAAACUCUUCACAGGCAGAGAAAUAAAGAAAGCAACCAACCAUUUCUCAAAAGACCGCUUACUGGGCGCCGGAGGCUACGGUGAGGUUUAUAAAGGCAUUCUUGACGAUGGCACUGUUGUGGCUAUCAAAUGUGCCAAGCUCGGAAACACCAAGGGCACUGAUCAAGUUCUUAAUGAGGUCCGAAUUCUAUGCCAAGUCAAUCACAGAAGCCUUGUAUGCUUACUGGGUUGCUGUAUUGAGCUUGAGCAACCUAUCCUAGUUUACGAAUAUAUUCAGAAUGGGGCACUCCUUGAUCAUCUACAAGGAAAAGGAUUAGGUGGGCAAGGCCAAUUAUCUUGGAUACAGCGUCUUCGUGUUGCUCAUGAUACUGCUGAUGGUCUUGCUUAUCUGCAUUUCUCAGCUGUUCCCCCAAUCUAUCAUCGAGAUGUGAAGUCUAGUAAUAUACUUCUUGACGAUAAGCUGAAUGCUAAGGUUUCAGAUUUUGGGUUGUCGAGAUUGGCUCACAGUGAAUUGAGCCACAUAUCAACUUGUGCUCAAGGGACUCUUGGGUACUUAGAUCCUGAGUACUACAGGAAAUAUCAGUUGACAGAUAAGAGCGAUGUAUAUAGCUUCGGUGUGGUGCUGUUGGAACUACUGACUUCCAUGAAGGCAAUUGAUUUCGCCAGAGCAGAAGAUGAUGUGAACUUGGCAGUUUACGUGCAGAGGAUGGCAGAAGAGGAGAAGUUAAUGGAUGUAGUCGAUCCAAUGCUAAAAGAGAAGACAAGCAUCUUGGAGCUUGAGACAAUGAAGGCAUUGGGGUUUUUGGCUUUGGGUUGCUUGGAAGAAAAGAGACAGAAUAGGCCUUCGAUGAAAGAGGUUGCUGAAGAAAUUGAGUACAUAAUGAGUAUUGCAACAACAAAGAAUAUAGAAAGUUAGGCAGAUGGGGCAACCAUGUGAAUACAGUUUGUGGUAUAAUGUUGGGGAUUCAUUAUAUAGGAUUGCCAUGUUUGCAGUGAUGAGGUUGCAUAAUGUAUACUUGUGGUUGGUAAAUAAAGGAAAUGGAGUUCAUAUAUAGUGGAUAUAUACAAGCGGAAUUGUACGAUAACUGGUGAAAUCUAUAUAUGCAUUAAUCUUUCAAUUUUUUUUUUUA